AUGGCUUCCUUCGGACCGACAGAUUUGCCAAACUCAGAGCACGACAAGCACGCCGGCCAAGGUACGCUGAUCUUCAGCUACACCUGUGUCAGCCUCACGGGCACGGCGGUGUUCGCCGUCCUCUUCUUCUUCUGCUACAAAAUCCGCAACAGAACGCCGGUGGCCGCCGCGGGGGCGGAGACAGCCCGCCGUCGUGCCGUGGACCUCACCAAGCUGCCGGAGUUCGCGUACACACGCUCCGCACGGCACAAAGGCGAGAGCGGAGGCGGCGGCGACGGUGCGCAGUGCUCGGUGUGCCUUGGCACGGUGCAGGCAGGCGAGAUUGUGCGGAUGAUGCCCCUGUGCAAGCACCUCUACCACAUUGAGUGCAUCGACAUGUGGCUGGCGUCGCACGACACCUGCCCGCUUUGCCGUUCGGAGGUUGAGCCGCUGGAGGACGACGGGCAGCCCUCGCCGACGACGGAGCUGCUGGUGUAA